UGCGUUCCGCGGGCGGAAGUAGCUGUUGGGAGCGUCCCGACGCUUUAAAUUCCUGCGGGGGCGGCGGCCUUGGCUUUUGGGCUGGGGUCUGGCUUCGCGCUCGCAUGGCUGUGGACGUGAAGUCUCGGGCGAAGCGCUAUGAGAAGCUGGACUUCCUCGGGGAGGGACAGUUUGCGACGGUCUACAAGGCCAGAGAUAAGAACACCAACCAGAUUGUCGCCAUUAAGAAAACCUCAGGGCCUGUUGGUGUCGUUGACCUCCGUCUUCCUGUGCUACUUUGAAUGUUUCCUCCUUUGUAAACUCAUUACUUCCUUGAAGUGUGGAUGGUCAGGCUUCCAUCUUCCAGCCUCCCAGAUCAAACUUGGACACAGGUCAGAAGCGAAAGAUGGUAUAAAUAGAACAGCCUUAAGAGAGAUAAAAUUGUUACAGGAGCUAAGUCAUCCAAAUAUAAUUGGUCUCCUUGAUGCGUUUGGACAUAAAUCUAACAUUAGCCUUGUCUUUGAUUUCAUGGAAACUGACCUGGAGGUUAUAAUAAAGGAUAAUAGUCUUGUGUUGACGCCAUCCCACAUUAAAGCCUACAUGUUGAUGACUCUUCAGGGGUUAGAGUAUUUACAUCAGCAUUGGAUUCUACACAGGGAUCUGAAACCAAACAACUUGUUGUUGGAUGAGAAUGGAGUUCUGAAACUGGCAGAUUUUGGCCUGGCCAAAUCAUUUGGGAGCCCUAAUAGGGCUUACACGCAUCAAGUUGUGACCAGAUGGUACCGGGCCCCUGAGUUAUUGUUUGGAGCUAGAAUGUAUGGUGUGGGUGUGGACAUGUGGGCUGUUGGCUGUAUAUUAGCAGAAUUGCUUCUAAGGGUUCCUUUUUUGCCUGGAGAUUCAGACCUUGAUCAACUAACAAGAAUAUUUGAAACUUUGGGUACACCAACUGAAGAACAGUGGCCUGACAUGUGUAGUCUUCCAGAUUACGUGACGUUUAAGAGUUUCCCGGGGAUCCCACUGCAGCACAUCUUCAUUGCAGCAGGAGACGACUUGCUCGAUCUCAUCCAAGGCUUGUUCUUAUUCAAUCCGUGUACUAGAACUACUGCUUCCCAGGCACUAAAGACGAAGUACUUCAGCAACCGUCCGGGACCAACACCUGGAUGCCAGCUCCCAAGACCAAACUGUCCCGCGGAAGCCCUGAAGGAACAGGCAAAUCCAUCUGUGGCAACCAAACGAAAAAGAACAGAGGCCUUAGAACAAGGAAUAUUGCCCAAGAAGCUGAUUUUCUAGUUACAGCGAACAGUGGACAGCGUUUCACUGCUGAAAAGAUAAUCCGAAAGACAAAUAAUGGAACAGAAAAAACAGGGAGCAUUAAAUGCCAUAGAAGAGAACUUGUAAAUAUUCUACACAUGUACAAUAUGUAAAACUAUGGGUUAUUUUUAUUAAAUGUAUUUUAAAAUAAAAUAUUUGUGAUUUA